AUGAGAUAUUCUCUUUACACAUUCGUAUGGCUUAUUCUGGAUCAAAGUGAUCUGCUUGUUCGCCAUGAGCGCCUCACGCAUCGCAAGGGCCAAGACAACCAGCAAAAUCAUGUGCAAUCUCCGGCUGAGAGCGUCUACACACCUGCAGAGACGCGCCCCAACAAACGACUUCGGUCGAGCUUCGAUGCUGGUCGUCCAGUUCCGGAGAUACCCAGCAUGAUGCCCUCGCCAGCUGUUGUGGAUGUGCAGUCCAUGCACCAACCUUCGAGAUCGCAUGCAUCCAUGACGUUUGGCCUACAUAGCGGAUACUCUCUGACCGCGCUGUCAAUGGCUGCAGAGUACCAGGCGCUCCAUGGCAAUAUGGUGGACCGAGCUGCUCACGCAAUGCCAACACCUCUGCCCUCGCAGCCUGAGACGAUUGCUACGACAGUGGAAAACCAACACACAACUGUUCAGACUGAACAUGCCAAUAGCUUCUACGGAUCUGCAAUAUCAAAUUCGCUAGACAGUCUCGCCGUGUUCCUAGAUAGUGAGCCGCUGGACUCGUACCACUUUUCGUCACUGAUCAACACUGAACAACCCAUACCACUCUUCUCACCCGACUCGCUUAGCUAUGACCAACAAAUGAUGUCCGAUCCUAGCAGAACAACUGCGCCGGUGACUGGUUGGCGACAGGUUCACUCUGAUGAGCCUCCUUCGCUCUCGCGCUUUGGGUCACGAUUUCCAUCCCUGCAACCAGAGGAGCCUGUAAUACCAGAGCCGCCCACACGCAGCAGGCCAAUUUCCGAAAUAUCACAUGGAGAUCGGCAAAGAAUUCUCGAGAUGCUUACCGAGUUCUCCUCUGUCAUACCUACCGACUUUGUCCUCCCAACUCGGUUAGCCUUGUGCAGGUAUAUUGCAGCUUAUAUCAACGGCUUCCACGAACACAUGCCGUUGCUCCAUAUACCAACCAUGUCUGUGGAUACUUGUUCGGUUGAGCUGCUGUUGGCACUAGCUGCAGUUGGAACGCAGUAUACAUUUGAAGGCGAAAAGGGGGUACAGUUGUUCAACAUCAGUAAAUCGAUUGCGACAGAGCGAAUCAGGAGGCGCGAUGCACGCCUAGUGAAGCUCCAGUACCAUUCGCCGUCAAACUGUACAUCGCCAAACAAUUACGAGAAUGAGUCGUGCUCGCGAAGUCCCCAGCAAAAGGGUUCUACCACUGGGCCACUCGGCCUACCAUCCGAUGACAUGACUGUUCCAGGGGAGGAUCUCAUGCAAACGGCCCAGGCCCUCUUCCUGCUGAUGGCUUUAUCUACUUGGGCUAAGCACAAAGAGAUUCUAAGAGAAGCGCUCGCCAUCCAGAGUAUCUUGGCAACACUCAUCCGAGAUGACGGGCUCGAGAUUGAACCACUCCGCAGUGACAUAUCUUGGGCAGACUGGAUCCGCCGAGAAACUGUCAAGCGAACAAAGUUUAUAGUCUACGGCUUUUCUAAUCUCCACUGCAUCGUCUAUAACAUUCCACCAUUUAUGCUAACAAGCGAAGUCAAGCUUACGUUGCCCUGCAACGAAGCCGAGUUCAGAGCAUCCACUGAAGCCUCGUGGCGAGAGGCUCGCAAGAAAGAAAUCCCGGAAGUGCUAUUUCAAGACGCCUUGAAGCGACUGUUCACAAAGCAAGGCCGAGACGUCACAGAAUUCAACUCAUCCUCAGGCAACUACGCCCUCAUUCACGCCUUGAUCCAACACAUCUUUUUCCUCCGCCAAGUAGCCCGCUGCCGCUUCGAAGGCUCCGGAGACCUCAGCACAGAAGAUGUAACGUCCCUUGAAAACGCCCUACGAAACUGGCAAAUCGGCUGGCGCAAAAACCCCGAAUCCUCUCUCGACCCCAUGAAUCACAACGGGCCGGUGGCAUUUAACUCGACUGCCCUCCUCCGCCUCGCCUACAUCCGCCUCUACGUCGACACCGCAGGUCGCGCUCUCGAAACACGAGAUCCAGUGCUAAUCGCCAACGCGUUCCGCGCAGGACCCGCGAUACGUCGAUCCCCGAAAAUCAUAAGAGCAGUCUUACAUUCCGCCCAAGCCUUAUCUAUCCCUAUCAAGAUUGGCUACCGCCUCGUUGCCAAAACGCAAUCUUUCAUCUGGAGCAUCCAGCACUCGCUAUGUACGCUUGAAUGCGCAUAUCUAAUGAGUAAAUGGCUCGAAGCUCUUGCAACGCCCAAUCCAGAUCCACCAUUAACAGAAGAUGAGAAAAGAAUCGUGGCUAUUGUGAAGAGUAUGCUUGAUGAAACGGAGUUUGCGCUUCAACCAGAUAUCCCAGCCGACUCUCCGAAUUAUAUGCGCCAGCUUAGUGCAGGGGUGCUGAGGGUGUGGGCGAUGAUAUUUAGGGGGUCCGAGACAUGGGCCAUUGUGGAUGUGAUUGGCAAUGCAUUGAAUCUUUACGCUGAUAUGUUGGAGUCCGGGUGA